AUGAUAGCUGACCCCCCCUCCACUGAGAGCCCCCCCCCAACUGAUGGGCACCCUAAUGCCUCCCUCUCCCCAUCCCCUUUCUCCGGCCAGGGGGGUGACAGCCAGCGCAGGACGGCAGAGCAAAACCAGGUCCUGGCGGGGGUCAACCCCACCGUGCCGGGAUUGGGGUCCCCCCCGUACCCCCCCGGGUCCCCCCCCGAGCCGCCGGCGGCUGACUUGCCCCCGCUCCCGGUGCUGGUUUCGUUUAGCGGCGAUCGCUUCGAGACAGCGAACGCGCUCGCCGUGGGUGCCACCGACACGGAUCAGCGUCUCGGGGUUUCUCUACCCGCACCAGCGCACCCACGCUGCCUGUGGCCCUCCGCCGUCGUUUCCCCCGUGCCCGGGCGCCCACGCCACGCAGGAACGGGACGGGUGCGGCUGUCGGCUGAGCGGCGGCUGGAGCAUCCCGGUAACCGGGACUUUCGCCCGACGGCGGCGAGAGCCGUGAGCGGCCGGGUCCCGGCACCGGGCUGGGAACAAAGACGCGGGGCAAGGGACGGCGGUAACGGGGACGAAGCAGCCCGCUGUGGUUGUACCGUUCCGUUGCCCUCCCUCCCCGCCGCGGGAGAUAUUUAUUUAUUUAUUUAUGUGCAGAGAAACGACGAUGGCGAUGAUAAUGAUGAUGAUGAUGAUGAUGAUGAUGACAAUAAAAUGCUCGUUGGUGGUUUAUUUCCCUCCCCUCCCGUAGAAAGCAACCGCUCGGUGGCCGCGGAGGUGCGCCGGCAGCACCGUCUCUCUCCAUCCCCCUCUUUCUCUUACCGGGACUCGCCCGCCCCGGCCAGGGCUGGACGGCGGGGACUCCUUCUUGCUCUGAAGGUGAAUACAAAUACCGGGCUGGCGGCUGGGCUCGGCUUCUCUCUCCGGGUACCCGCCGCUGCUACCGGGGAAGGAUGGAGCCAGCCUCCCGCUAACCCACCGGUACCGGUACCGGUGCCGUGCUGGGGCUCCCGCCUGCCCCGCCACCGGCCUCCGGCAGCCCCGCUCCGGCCUCGCGUUUUGACCGUCGGGGAACCUGACAGCUCGUUUUUACACUCAGCUCCUCGGUGGAAAGCCCCGGCGGAAAAGCAACCGGCAUGUCCCGCAACCCCCCCGGGGGUGCCGGACCGGUAUCUGCCCCCCCCGAAGGUGCGGGACCGCCGGGGCUCCGCGUUCCCACCGCCGCUCCGUUUGGGGACGGAAAGACCCUUUUGUGCGGGGAUCCCCGCUCCCCUCAGGCUCACCCGUGGCCUGCACCGGCCGUCCCGGUCGUCGGUGUCCCGGGUCUUCCCACGGGCCCGGUGGGUUUCGUGCUCUGUGCUUGGGUCCCUGGGCUGCCAUCGGUCCCUGCCCGCAGCGGGACGGGACCUGCUUUUCAUCCCGGAGUGGGUCCAAAAUAACCGAGGCCACCGGGAAAAGCCAGGAGUGGAGAUGUCGUCCCUCCCGGGAAAUCACCGCGGAGAAGGUCCACACAGCUCCGCACAUGGGCUGAGCUGGGUUUGGGGUCCCCCGGGACCGAGCGUGAAGGCAGAGCCACAUGAUAUCAACGCAGAGGAAAUAACUGGAAUCAGUAACUCUGGGGAGGAAAUGUCUCCACAAGCCAGGUGGUGCAAAGGAGACCAGACUCUUUCAGACCAGAGCUGUCUCUUUACUGGUGUCCACGUCUUGCUGUCUGUGCUGAGGGAGGUAGAGUAUCAGAAGGGCUCCUCACCUCCAAGGGUUGCUAAACAGAGUGACGACUGGGAUGAUGAGGACUCAGAAGAUGAUGGGCGCGUGGCUGAUCUGGUGAUAUCCCCACCGAAAACCGUACCCAGCCCUCGGCAGCAGCGGCCGGGAGUUUGUGUGCCCACCCCCGGCCCCUCUCGCUGCCGCCGCCGGCCCAGAGCCCACGCGGGACGGCGGCGGCAGCGUGGGGAACGGCCAUCCCGCUCCUGUCGCUCUUUCCGGGAAGGAGAAAUCCGAGGGUUCACUAACCGGGCGAAAAGGAGGGGCUGCGGUCCCGCUCCCCACCCCGGUCCCGCUCCCCACCCGGCAGCCCACCCGCGUUGCCUCCCGCGGGGGGGCCCCGCUGCCGGGAAGGAGCGAAACCUCCGAGGGCCCAGGGCUGCUCCGUGGCGACAUCCCCGGAGAGCGCUGCCCGCCGCCCAAGAUUCCCGUUCCCUGAGAUUCCCCCCCCUUUUUGCGGCCGGUGGCGCCGGGGGCCCGCGGCGAGACCCCGCCGGGUUCCCCGCCGCCUCCCCGGGACCCCGCCGCCACCGGCCGGCGCCUUCUCCGCCCGGUCGGGGAUCCUACGUGGUGGAGCCUGAGGAGAACAAGCGGACGAGGACGGCGUACACCCGGGCGCAGCUGCUGGAGCUGGAGAAGGAGUUUCUCUUCAACAAGUACAUCUCCAGGCCGCGGCGGGUGGAGCUGGCUGUCAUGUUGAACUUGACCGAGAGGCACAUCAAGAUCUGGUUCCAGAACCGACGGAUGAAGUGGAAGAAAGAAGAGGACAAAAAGCGAGGGGCGGGCAACAGCAACGACCUCGAGGGAGACUGUGUAGUGUCCUCCGGGGAGCUCCGAGGUAAGGAGGAUCUGCAGCCGUGCCCACCCGGGAACCUGCCCUCGGGGGGCUCCAGGGACCUGCUGCCCCCCAGCCUCACCCCCAGAAGGCAGCAGGACUCUCGGUGA